AUGUGUGGUCAAAUCGCAUGGCUUUCUAUUCACGAAUAUGCUCUCCUUGUCCCGUGUAUAUUCACUGGUGGUGUUGCCGCUUUGUAUCUCACUUUACCGUUUAUCAAAGAUGCGGCAGAACAAAUUAAACACGCUCUUCCUCAUGAACUCCAUUUUAUGGACAACUAUGAAGGAGAUCCUCGGAAAUAUCAAGAGUAUCAUAAGGAGCAGUUGCUGAAGCAAGUAGAUCACUAUGCAAAAAUUACUGGCAAGAAUGUCGAUGAUGAAAUUCGAAGGUUUUUGAAUGAUAUGGUUGGAGACGAUGAAAUUGAAAUGGGAGUAUUGAAUAGCGUAUCCAUCAGCAGUACUGGCAAAAGAGAUAGUGGAUCAUCUAGACUGCUCAGUUCAAGACGUGGGAAAUCUGCAUAUGGAGCAACAGAUGAAGAUGACGACUUACCUAAACAAAUAAAUAUUUAA